CAUUAUCAUCAAACACGUCCCCCUCACUCCUCGUAAAACCCAACCCAUUUAUUUCGCGCUUCGGCCUCUUUGUUCAUCACUUUUACUCGAAGCUUUGCUUUCAUUCCCUCCCUCUCAGUUUCAGUGCAGGGUUGUAAUAGUUUCAUCAUUUCGGAUUGUAGGAUGGGGGAAGGGAGGAGAACACAGAUCUUCAUACCAAAUGAAAGUGCACCUUCCAUUCCAAAUCAGGCUACUGGCCCUGUAAACAAUAGAAAUUUGUCGAAGAAUCACCUUGGUGGUGUCAUAUUUGGUUGCAAGAAGAGCACAAUAAAAGAAUGUCUUUUCAAACAGCUUUUUGGCUUGCCAGCUCAACACUUUUCAUACGUAAAGAAUGUUGAUCCAGGUCUGCCACUGUUUCUAUUCAACUAUAGUGACAGGAAACUUCAUGGCAUCUUUGAGGCUGCUAGCUCAGGCCAAAUGAAUAUUAAUCCAUAUGCAUGGACCACAGAUGGCUCGGAGAGAACACUAUAUCCUGCUCAGGUUCAAGUUCGUGUCCGGUUGCAUUGCCUUCCACUUCCUGAAGAACAAUUUAAGUCAGUAAUUAUAGACAACUACUACAGUCAGAACCAUUUCUGGUUUGAGCUGGACCAUGCUCAAACAAGCAAGUUGAUGUCCUUACUAUCAUCUCUAGCUGUUGCCUCAAGUACUUUUUCUCCUCAGAAUACCACAAAGUGGAGAACUUUAUCCCAAGCUCCACCCUCACAUGAUAGAAAAGAGGAAAUUGAAGGUUUGAUGCUACCAGCCUUGGAGGUUGACUUUCCUUAUUUCUAUGAUGGCAAUGGGUUGGGUUCUUCAGAUGUUGCUACGCAUUUAGAUCGAAACAACCAUCCAUUGGAAGAUUGUUUAGUUAAGCAGGUGGUGGAAAAGGAGGAGGACCUUAUAUACAUGAAACUAAAAGAGUUGGCUCUUAAUCGGCAACGGUCAGACCCACCUUUAAUGGAUGUUGAAGAUAUUGCUACUGUAAAUGGUGUGCACUCAAGGCACAAAGGUUUAUCAGAGGCACAAACAAAUUCAGAAGAAAGGAAUGGACAAAGUCUCAUUAACUCAUUUGAUUAUCCUUCUGUCAUAUCGCAGUUGAUGCAAGGUAUGGAAGAGUUAAACGCUUUUAAAAUAGAACAAAUUCAUAAGAUGGGUUAUCUGGAGCAGAAGCUGGUUGAGGCAGAAAUAGAAAUUCAAGAACUAAAACAGCGAUGUAUGAUGUUGGAAUGCACAUCACAUCCUUCCGCAGUACGCAUUGAUGAAAUGGCGAUGGAGUCAGUUAAUGAUCCUGAACUGGAUCUUGAUGAGUUGAUAUAUCUUGUGGGAGGAUACAAUGGUGUAUCAUGGUUAUCGGCAUUGGAUUCCUACUCUCCUACGAAGGAUGUGAUAAAAUCUCUAAAGCCAAUGAACCAUGGCCGUGCUUAUGUCUCUAUUGCAUGGUUGAAUGGUGAGCUUUACGUAUUUGGUGGUGGAAACGGUAAUUUGUGGGUUGACACAGUUGAAUCAUAUGAUCCGGCCAAUAACCAGUGGCAUCUGCGACCCUCUUUGAAUGGUGAAAAGGGAAGCUUAGCAGGUGCUACUCUAAAUAACAGAAUUUUUGCAAUGGGUGGUGCAAAUGGGGUAGAUUGCUAUGCAGAUGUUGAAAUGUUUGAUUUAGAUGUUGGUCGCUGGAUUUCUUCACGGUCAAUGCUACAAAAGAGAUUUGCUCUUGCUGCAGCAGAGCUUAAUGGUGCAAUCUAUGCCGUUGGUGGAUACAAUGGAAAGGAAUAUUUAAAAUCUGCUGAAAGGUUUGACCCAAGAGAACAUUCCUGGACCAAAAUUGAGGGUAUGAGUACACCAAGGGGUUGUCAUGCAAUGGCUGUUCUGAAUGAAAAGUUAUAUGUUAUUGGUGGUCAUGAUGGAAAUAAAAUGGUUUCAAGCAUGGAAAUAUUUGAUCCUCGUCUUGGCUCAUGGAUGGUUGGGGAGCCAAUAAGCCAAUCCAGGGGAUAUUCUGCUGCUGCUGUUUGUAAGGAAUCUAUAUAUAUUUUUGGAGGGGUGAAAACAGAGGAAGACAUCGUGAAUACGGUUGAACGGUAUGAGGAGGGUAAGGGGUGGCAAGUAACCAACUUGAAGGCGGUUGGAAAAAGGACCUUUUUCUCUGCCACGGUUCUAUGAAGGCACGAACGGCUAGGCAUUGUAAGUAGUAAGCUCUAAACUCAUCAAUUUGGGAAAUCAUGACACGGUAUUUCACUUCAGAUAGUGUCUAAGCGAAAUGAUGGAGAGUCGUGAUCAGUUUGUUGGCUGCCAGAUUUUUUUCUGCCAUUGUGAUAUGGUUUUCAUAUCCUUUUCUCCUUCAAAACUGAUGCAGUUUUGCAAGAGUAUUACCAUGAAAAGUUGUAAUUACCGUGAUUUGUUUGGAAAGAGUCGUGGCGAUUAUCAUUUCAAGGAACCUGCCAAAUUAAAGAAAAUUAAGUUUGCACAUUACAUUUUCUUGA